AUGUCGUUUGGAAAAGAGGCAGACGAACCCAAGAUGUCCUACCAGAAUGACGACGAACAUCCCAUCACGUCAACCGAUUUUGGUCCAGCUAGAUCUGAGGACGCACGAUCGACGAUCGCAGAGCGGGAUAAUGACAAUAACCGGGACCUCCUUCGUGCCGAAAUUGAUCCUGCAACACCCAACGUUGAGGGAGACAUCGACCAUGGCUCGUUAGAUGUAGAAGUUUUGUCCUUAGAUGGGAUUUCGGCCACUGAUCGCAUCCGGGAACUUGACGAGAGCGACGACAAUUGUUACGAUGCUGACGCUGGUGCUGCACGGCAAGACUUCGCCCAGGACUUACCAUAUGUGGGCACCUUGUUUCCAAAUGAGGACCCGCACCUCGAUCCCGUUCUGACAAUCGAGGUAAGGGGGACAUCGUCCGGCCACAAGUGA